AAACUCGCAAAAUUUGCCACCUGUCCUCAGCUUUUUUGUGUCGGCGCUGUCCGGGAACUGGCAACCACCAGCGGAUAGAUAUCACGGUCCUGCGGGUGCCGGGCCGGUGCAGGAUCUCGGCUUUUUGCUUUGACGAGGAAAGCACGCUCACGGCCAUAGCCCCGAGCCCCAUUCCCACGGGCAUAACCACCACGGCCACCACCAUCACCACCAGGACCCACACGACAUGACAGGCUCCAACGAAACCGCUUUACAAGGCGUCCUUCUCGACGCCCUGACACCUUACCUCCCGCCCUACAUCCUCACCCUCCUCUCCGACAAAUACAUCCUCGCCUUCACCAUCUCGCUGAUCGCAUCCAUGGGCACCUUUCUCGGCGGCAUCAUCGUAUGUGUCCUCGCCAAAGCGACAGGCGCGGACCCGCGGUCGAAAGCGACGGCGAAAUUGAUGGGUGUGCUGGAGGCGUUCAGUGCCGGUGUGAUGAUGUAUAUCACCUGCUUUGAUCUGAUACCUGAGGCGGUGGAGAGUAUUGGGAGUCGGGAGGCGAUGUUCUGGUUUUUUGGGGGGGUCGCGGUGUUUGGGGUCCUGGAGGAGGUUAUCAUGCCUUCGCAUGACCAUGAUGAGGAGGAUGGACAUGAUCAUGAGCAUGAGAAGACGGUGAAGGGUUCGCCGAAGGGGAAGAAAGGUGGGAAGAACAACGUCAACAGCAAGGGCGAGAAAACCGACUCUUCAACAACGACAACAACCGCAGAACCAGCUCUAUCAGCAAAAGAGCGCCGCGACCUCCUCCGUUCCUCCCUCAUCACCUUUGUCGCGCUCGCCAUGCACAACCUCCCCGAAGGCCUCGGCGUCUACCUCGCGGCCCUCUCCGACCUCCGCCUCGGCACCCAACUCGCAGUCGCGAUCCUCAUUCACAACAUUCCGGAAGGCAUGGCCGUCGCCGUGCCCCUCUACGCCGCAACAGGCAACACCACCUCCGUGCUGUGGUGGACGUUGCUCAACGGGCUGGCGGAACCGUUGGGCGUUGUGGCGGGGGGUUGGUUGUUGCAUGGUUACUUGUCCCCUCAGCUGCUGAGUAGGUGUUUGGCGGGAGUGGGCGGGAUCAUGGCGUGUAUAUCGAUUCAUGAGCUGCAGCCGACGGCGAUUAGGUAUUCGGGGAAAACGAUUGCGACUAGCGCGUUCUUUGGAGGCAUGGUGGUGUGCUUUGGGGCGUUGGAGGCGGUUAACGAGUGGUUUGGCGGGCAUGCGCAUUGAUUCGGUAUCUGCCGUUCGAUCGAUACCUUCCGAUUUGAUAUAGACACUCUCUCUUCACACCUUUUUGUACAAUAUACACGUUUUGAAUGGAUUAUUUUG